UACUCGCGAGAUACACCGUGUUGCCAAAUUACUGACAGCUAUGGUUCUGAAUACCGAGGCGUCUCACUUGUGAGGGCUCGUCCAGAAACAUUCACUUCCCACGCAUGACGGAUCGUCCGUCAGUUGCCGAUUCUUUGAAAUGGUCAAGUGAAUAAUCAAAAUGAACAAGGCAAAAAUGACAACAGAUAAAGGAGUCCCCAGUAAUUCUCGGGUCCUUACUCUCCUGUCCCAGCUUGAGAAGAUUAAUGCAGAGUCUGCAGUAUUGGAUGCAGACAAUGCCAGACAUAUCACGUCAAAGAUCCUUCAUCUGAUACAAACUCAAGAGAAAACAAAGAAAGAAAUGACAGCCAAGGGCUCCACUGGCAUGGAAGUCAUCCUGUCCACGUUGGAGAGUACUCGAGACCUUCAGACUACUCUGAAUACCCUAUACAUUCUAAACGAACUGGUCUCAGUUGGCGGUGGACGGAGAAUCUGCAUUCUGGUGUCAAAGGGAGGGACCCAGAUCCUCCUGCAGCUGCUAAUGAGUGCCAUUAAAGAGUCCCCACCCUGUGAGGAGCUUAUGGUGCAGCUUCAUUGCAUUCUAGCAAAAGUUGGUCCAAAAGACAAAAAAUUUGGUAUCAAAGCCAGACUUAAUGGAGCCUUAAAUAUUACUCUUAAUUUGGUGAAACAGAACUUGCAGAACUAUAAACUUAUUCUACCUUGUCUGCAAGUUUUACGAGUAUAUUCCAGCAACUCUGUAAAUGCUGUGUCCUUGGGCAAAAAUGGUGUUGUGGAGCUCAUGUUUAAAAUAAUAGGUCCUUUCAACAAAAAGAAUACCAGCCUUCUAAAGGUUACUCUGGAUACACUGGCAGCUUUACUGAAGUCAAAAACCAAUGCUCGAAGGGCAGUAGACCGAGGAUGUGUCCCUACACUGCUAGCAAUUUACCAGGACUGGCAUCGGGCUGACACCCGUCAUAGGCACAUGCUCAUUCGAAAAGGAAUUCUAGGUUGCAUCAAAAAUAUUACAAACAUCAAGCUGGGCAGAAAAGCAUUCAUAGAUUCAGAUGGCAUGAGAACAUUGUAUAACAUCUCUCAAGACUGCCUGCCAGUAAGGGCCUUGGAUCCACUGAUUAACACUUCUACUCUUAUCAUGAGAAAAUGUUUCCCCAAGAAUCGCCUUCCUGUUCCAACAAUAAAAAGUGUUUUCCAUUUCCAACUACCUGUUGUUCCAGCAAACGGCCCUGUAGCACAGAUCUACAGUUUACCACCAGGGGUGGAUGAUGUAGUGGAUGAAAGCGAUGAUAAUGAUGACACUGAUGCUGAAACUGAGAAUGAAACUGAGAAUGAAGAUGAUGAGAAGGACCAGAAGUUAAAGAAUGAUGAUAUUGAAACUGAUAUCAACAACCUGCGACCAAAGCAGGACCUUAGCCGACCAUUUGAAGAAUUAAAAAUAUAUGAGCGUUUUUUCCCAGAACUUACUGAAAACUUCCAGGGAUAUGACUUUGGUGCAGAGUGGUCCAGUAAAAGCAUGCCAGUAAUGAAACCAAAAGAUCCAGUCCCCAUAGUUGUACCCACAGCAGGGGAAGAACAGUCUGCAGACCUCUGUAGCACAAAGAAAGAAAAAAAACUAUUGAGAAACGAAGAGCAGACAAAACAGACCGCUUCCCGGGCAGGGGACUUUGAAAACCCACCGGCACCCUUGGGCAUUAACAGCUUAAAAAUCACAAAGAAUGAUGCUGACGUGCAGGCAAAUAAACUGCUCCCUUCCCAGUACCUAAAGCAUGAGCUACACAGGGAGAUGGAACGAUUGAAUCUAGAAGGAGAAAGUGUUUCAAAAAAUCUUAAAAACUGUAAUUAUGCCUGCGUGAAUGGACAGAAAAACAAAGGUGGACACCAGUGCUCUGCCAGCAGUAAAGGCUGCCAGCAGUUCUCUGGAAGCAGUGAGCCUUUACCACAUUACGGGUCCUCUCUGCUGUGCUCCCCCGGGGUGGAGGUAGAUCAUGACGAUGACUCUAGUUCCUCUCAUUCCUCUGGAGAGCAAGGCGUUCUGGAAGUACCAGACACAGCAGCUGUCCUACCUUUACAUGACCCAGAGCUCUACAUUGAAACUGUUAAACACACCAAAUCAGUUCCUGAAUACACUGAAGUAGCCUACCCUGAUUAUUUUGGUCAUAUUGCACCAACUUUUAAAGAGCAUACCUUAGAACGACUGUAUGGAGUACAGAGAACCAAAAUCUUCCAGGAUAUUGAGAGACUAAUCCAUUCCAAUGACAUCCUUGAUAAAGUUGUGUAUGAUCUUGACUUAUCUAGCUGCCCUAUUAUUGAUGAUGGAGAGUCCUUGAAAUUUAAUUCACAGUUUGAAUCUGGGAAUGUACGUAAAGCAAUUCAAGUUAGAAAGUUUGAGUAUGAUCUUAUACUGAACUCUGAUAUUAAUAGCAACCAUUACCACCAGUGGUUUUACUUUGAGGUAAGCGGAAUGCGGAGUGGUGUUCCCUACCGCUUCAACAUCAUCAACUGUGAGAAGUCCAACAGCCAGUUUAACUACGGAAUGCAAGCUUUAAUGUAUUCGGUCCAGGAAGCAUUAAGCGGUAGACCACGGUGGAUUCGCACAGGAACGGAUAUCUGUUACUACAAAAACCACUUUUCGAGGAGUUCCAUUGCGGCUGGAGGUCAGAAAGGAAAGUCUUACUAUACAAUCACAUUUACGGUGACCUUCCAGCAUAAGGAUGAUGUCUGUUACUUUGCAUACCACUACCCAUAUACCUAUUCUACUUUAAAGAUGCAUCUUCAGAAGCUGGGGUCCAUGCACAGCCCUCAGAUUUACUACCGACAAGAUGUGCUCUGUGAGACCCUGGGUGGGAACAGCUGUCAUGUCUUGACUAUAACAGCGAUGCCAGAGUCUAAGUGUUAUGAACAGAUCUGUCACUUCAGAAACCGGCCCUACAUUUUUCUCAGUGCUCGUGUACAUCCUGGGGAGACUAAUGCAAGCUGGGUGAUGAAAGGAACUCUGGAGUUCUUGAUGAGCAACAGCCCUAUGGCUCAGAGCCUAAGAGAAUCGUACAUUUUCAAAAUCGUUCCCAUGCUAAAUCCAGAUGGAGUCAUCAAUGGAAACCACCGUUGCUCCUUAAGUGGUGAAGAUCUCAACAGGCAGUGGCAGAGCCCAAACCCUGAUCUUCAUCCCACCAUCUAUCACACCAAAAGCCUGUUGCAGUACCUAGCUGCAAUACAGCGGACACCACUAGUAUAUUGUGAUUAUCACGGUCAUUCUCGCAAAAAGAAUGUAUUUAUGUAUGGCUGCAGUAUCAAAGAAACUGUAUGGCAGACUAAUGUGAGUGCUGCCUCAAGUGAACUUCAAGAAGACCUGGGAUACAGGACUCUUCCCAAGAUUUUAAGUCAGAUAGCCCCAGCAUUCUGCAUGAGUAGCUGCAGUUUUGUAGUUGAAAAAUCCAAGGAGUCCACUGCACGUGUGGUGGUAUGGCGUGAGAUUGGAGUGCAGAAGAGCUAUACCAUGGAAAGCACUUUAUGUGGUUGCGAUCAAGGGAAAUAUAAGAGAAAGAGAAUACCCUGGCAGAUGUUCGGAACCACCCAGGCCUUAGAUCCCCACAAGUGGUCUCUUUACCAAGAGGGUCUUCAAAUAGGCACAAAGGAACUGGAGGAGAUGGGAGCCAAGUUCUGUGUUGGAUUGCUGCGUUUAAAAAGAUUGACCUCUCCGGUGGAGUACAAGCAUCCAUCCCACUUCCUGGACUUGGAGAAUGAUUUGAUUGAGUCCAGCUGUAAAGUCACAAGCCCCACCACCUAUGUGCUUGAUGAAGAUGAGCCCCCGUUUCUGGAGGAGGUUGAUUACAGUGCUGAGAGCAAUGAGGAUGCUGAUGUGAACGAGAAUGCUGCUGACAAUGAUCCUUCUACCCAGGAAGACGUGCUGUCGGACUCUGAGGCAACCAGAGUCUACCUACACUGAGCAUUACAUUUAAAGAGAGAGCCAUAUUUAAGCUGACAGUAACAAGAAAGCAAAUGUUAGUGCUUAAGGAAUUUGGAUUUAUCGGUAGCUUUUACAUUUUUAGCAUUACGUUUUGAUUGUAUUUGUUUAACUUAAUAUUGCUGCAUGGCUAUCUUAAUUUAUCUUGUAUGAGUUUUAUAUGUUUCUGUGUUUGUCAAACCUCCGCACUAGCUCAUUGUGCUGUUGUGCAUGUGUUUUUGUGAAGAGUGCAGAGUUGUACAGCUUUUUGCUGUAGUAUUUAAUUCAAUGAUGUACUGUAUGUAUUUCUUGAAACAUUGAGUAUCUUUAUGUGAUUGUGCUGAAAAUCAUAUGAAGCUUGCUCUAAAAUUAUGUAACACAAAUUAAAAUGAGGUAAUUCGUUUGGAUAACGAUACUACCUUUACAAGAAUCAAAAACUUAAAAUAAACAUCAAAAGAAUUGGCCUUCAGGGCACAUAAA